AUGAUAUUAUAUCUACAAGAUAAGAAUGAAAAUUUCAUUAACACUUUUAAAUGCAAAUGUUUUAUUUUUCAGGCAAAUGGUAUCUUGCUUUACAACCUUUCCGCAUGUUUGGCUACUCGGGGUGACUUGGAGCUGGCUGAAUCUUUUCUGGAUGCCAGUAAAUCUGGUCUCACUCAUCUAGGCAUAGCCUGUUGCGCAAAGGCCGAAUAUGAGGAAUCUAAGUCAGAGAAUAAUUUAAGUGGUGCAGAGAAAAAUAAAGGUGAGCAGAGCGAGACUCGAAUACUUCAGCAACAAGGUCAUCCAUCAAUUCUGUCUAUUCGAAAUGCUGCCUCCCUCUUACUUCCUCGUCUGCCCGAUUUAUUUUAUUCCCCGAGCUCGACUCGUCCCAACCUACAUACACCAGAUUCCACAUCCAAUCUAGGACCGAAGGAUGAUUUCUCGCUCUCGUGCCCAGUUGGAUCUGAUUCCCAAGUGACGGGUACAGAAGUCAUUGCAACAAUGGGAUUUGACCCUGCUUUACGAACCCCAGGAAAUGCAGAUUUCGACUUCGAGUUGCCAUUGCCUAGACCUGCAGUUUCAUUGCGUCUUUAUUUGAUCUCCAAGAAGGCAGCGGCUAUCUCAAACCAGGCCGCUAAGAUGGGAUCAGUGCAUCCUCGCAGCCCCCUAUCCGGUGUUUGUGACGAAACCUCGAUCAGCAGUAUAGCCUGGCUCCGUCAGACUUAUGGGCAUGUGUUACAGGCACGUCGGCUAUAUCCAGCCUUGUUGAGACCUCAAGAGAUUGGCCUUAAUGAAUCAAUUAGUCAGUCAACAUCUGUACUUCCUCAUAAAAGGCAUUUGCAGACGCAACAACGUCAGCCAAUGAGCUUAGCUGUGACGGCCCAGCGUCGACUGCGACAACAAUUGAUGAUGCAAUAA